AUGACCUGGAGCGGACGCCCGUCCGUGGGGAAGGUGAGCGCCGCCAGCUGUGCAGGUGGGUACAGAGUGUCGUCCAACUGCAACAGAACUGCGGCCGGUGAGGGCCAAGAACCCAAGGAAACCCCGACCACACGGAGAUCAGACAACAUCGCUGCGCGCAAUCCAGCAGAUGAGGACGUGGAGCGACUCACCCGCGGCCUGCCCUAUCAGAUGGGACGGCAGGAGAGGAGUGUGAAACGAGCAAAGGGAAAAGACAACUCAGCCGUCAUGUCUACCAGCGCACCCACAGCUCAGCCCACUGCAGAGCCGGACGGCCCACCCGGCCGCCAUGGACGGCCGGCACAGGGCUCCGCCGUGCUCGCGGCCACACGUGGCCAGCGGGUCGCACACGCGACACGUGCAGCACAGCGGAAAGCCCCACCGGACAGCGCUGCUCCGCCCCGUGGAAGUGAGAAAAGCUGGAACUCCCCCCGGAGCCCCCGUCUGCCGGGCCUGUUCCGCGGAUACAAGGGCCGGAGCGCGGAGAAAGCCGCUCCAGGGUGCAGCGGCUCCACGACUACAGGGCGGGGCUUUCAAGGUGCCGGAAGGGCGGUCAGGGUGGCUCGGUGGCUUCGGGACCCGCCUCCCGAUCUCGGCGCGGGUCUGGAUCUCCUGGUCGCCGCGGUCCGGCCCCGCCGCGGGCUCCGCGCUGCGCGUAAACCUGCUCGAAAGUCGGCAGGAAGUGCACGUGCUGGGGAGGCGCGCAGCGGCCGGGCCGGGGCCCCACUUUCGCCCGAGCCGCUCGGGUCCGUGAAGAGCGAGGCUCCGUCCUACGGGUGCGCAGAAGGCAGCGUCUGCCGGGGCCGCCAGCCCGCCCGUCCCAGCGGCGGGGGAGCAGCCGGGGCGCUGCGCGAGGUCCGGCCCGGGCGAAAGCGCGGAGCCUGCCGCGGGCCUGCGCUCGCCCGCCCCCGCAGCGCCCCCGCCCCGACCGCAGCGCCCGCAGGCCGGUCCGGCGGGGGCGCCCCGGGCUCGCACGCUCGGAGGGACGCCGUGCUCCGCCCCGCCGGACCGGCCCGCGCCGGAAAGGGCCUCCUCGAGACGCGGCCGCAGGACAGCCGCAGGGAGCGGCACAGGCCCCCGGCCGCGUCCCUCCGCUCCGCGCGCGCCUCGAGGAGCCGGCCGGGCGCGAGCCGCCUCCCCGCACGCCGCCGCCGCCACAGGCCACCGCGCGGCCGCCGACUUCCGCGCACCCGAAGGCUCCUCACACGCUCGCGCGCGGGGCUCCACGCCGCCGCCCCGCCGCCUGCGCCCGAGCCCCCCCGCGGCGCUCCCGGGCCGCGCCCCCGCCUCCUCAGCGCGAGGCACCGAAGCCCUCCUGCGCCCCCACGGGCGGCGCCCACGCCCGCACUCACCUCUUCGGAAGGCUACGUCACUUCCGGGGUCUCGACCGGGACCGUGAGGCUACUUCCGGUGCUGGACCCGCCCCCGGCACGGCCGCGCCUGCGCAGGGCCGGCCCAGCGCGCCAGCUCGAGUCCCAAUCCACCACGCACCGGGGCAAGGCUCUGCAGCCGCUGUGA